ACCUAUAUACAUCUAAAAACGAUGGGUGACAAGCAAAGCAAACCAGUCGCAGGUCGCAGGAAAGAUUUGAAGACGGUGCAUUACGAUGAAUGGCCAACGACGACAGCCAAUAUACCAAAGAAAGAAAGGGCACUUGUUUGCGUGUCAAUUGAUUUCGGGACAACCUACAGCGGUUUUGCAUACUCCUUUAAAUCUGACCCAAACCACUGUUUUGGACAGCAUAAGAAGUUCCCAACAGUUGUUCUUCUGGAUCCGGAGCAGAAAGUGGUGGCAUUCGGAACAGCUGCCAGAGAUAAAUAUAAGCAGCUAACAAAGACACGAGAGCACACAAAUUGGUACUUGUUUGAGAGGUUUAAAAUGGCCUUGUUCGUAAAUGAUGAGCCUCUAAGCAAAGACAUCGAGCUUAAAGAUGUUGAUGGAAAGAAAAUGAAGGCUUUCGAUGUUUUUACGCAAGCAAUUGCAUUAAUGACAACUGAAGUCAUGAAUACGCUAAAUGGCGUAUAUAUGAACAUGCAUCAGAGAAAUGGUUUGGAGUUUAAAAGUGAGACGGAUAUCCAUUGGGUACUGACAGUUCCUGCCAUCUGGGACGAUCUUGCUAAGAAAUUCAUGAGAGAUUCUGCAAGUAAGGCGGGUAUUCCUGAUGAAAUGCUGACGAUUGCAUUAGAGCCUGAGGUUGCUUCGUUGUAUUGUCUAGAAAAACUCGGACUAAGCAAACUUCCCACUGGACAUCGUUUCAUGAUCAUGGAUCUUGGAGGUGGGACAGCUGAUAUCACGAUGCAUGAGGUGAACGCAGACAGAACAUUAUCCGAGCUCCAUCAACCCACUGGCGGUGACUUUGGCGGAACGAAAUCGGUGAUGAGGCGACGAUUCGGCGAUAUGAUCACCAUACCAUUAGAACCAUCUCAGGCUGUUCUGAAUGGAGCAGUUGUGUACGGCCACAGACCGUUGGCCAUUGCCGAGAGGGUGUGCAAAUAUACAUAUGGUAUCGGUCGCAUGAUGAAAUUCAAACCUCAUCAUCCUGCUCAUAGAAAGGUCAAAAUAGACGGUUUAGACUAUUGCGAUGGCAUUUUCAACAAACAUAUCGAGGUUGGAACCAAAAUACGCGUUGCAGAAGAUGCUGAAAAGGCAGUAGUCCAUAAAUAUUUUCCGACGACAACAGCUAUGAAACAAGCAGUGCUUGAUGUGUAUGCGAGCCCCUUCAAAGACCCAAUGUUUGUGGACGAUCAUGGAUGUCAGCUGGUGGGUUUGAUCAAGCUGGACAUAGAUUCACAUGGAGAUAUUUAUUCGGAAUUAUUGGUGAAGAUGAUGUUUGGUGGAACAGAACUACAAGUUCAAGUCACCGAUGUCAAAAAUAAUAAAAUUACAAACGCCAGCUUUGGCUUUCUUGGCUGA